ACAUCCACCUGCAUCUAAACAGGCCGUCAGAAUAUUUGCCUACUGAACUUCUUUCCCCAAAAUCUUCUCUUUGUUAGCUCCAUUUUCUUCCAAGAUGAGUUGGAUGAAGUGUUGUGUGUUCCCACUGCUGCUGUUGUGCAUGUGGCAGCUGCAAGAAGGAGCACACGCCUGCACUUGUCCUCUCACGCAUCCACAGACCGCUUUUUGCCACUCAGAUGUCGUCAUCAAGGCAAAGGUGGUUGCCAAAAAAACCGGCGUUGGUAAAUUUAACGACGUCAAGUAUGACAUCCAACACAUUGCGACAUUCAGAGGCCCUGAGAAGCUCUUUGGUACCAUCUACACUGCAUCCAACUCUGCAGCAUGUGGCGUGAGUCUGACCAUCGGUGUAGAAUAUUUUAUCACAGGCCGGAUAAGAUCUGAUGGGUCUCUGUACAUCUCGUUGUGUGACUACAUUGUUCCCUGGAAAAGCAGCCACAAGAUCCUGGUGGAUCGUUAUUCAAUGGGCUGUGAUUGCAAGAUCACUCGCUGUGACUCUGUCCCGUGUGGGAUCAGCGGCCCGACCGAGUGCUUGUGGACGGAAAAGCUGUUUGGUGAUUCAGGGCAGGACAAACAAUGUGCUUGCAUCAAGACAAGUGAUGGUUCUUGUGUUUGGUACAAGGAUGCUGCCUCACCCACUAAGGGUUAAUGAACAUUUAUGAUGCUAAAAACUUCAAUGUCUAAAAUGAUCUAUUAAAAUUUAUCAUUUGAA